CACGUGAAAACGAAUAUCCGGGUUAUUUUAUUCACCUUCGUAAAUAUCACAAUCAAUAUUCAUGAUGGAAUCGGUCGAAUCGGCAGCACGAGACUAUCGUGAGACGUUGGCCGAAUUGAGAAACAACAACAAGACUCAAAUAAAUCUGCUAACUAUUCUGGCUGACGACUUCAAAAAAGCAGCUCCACAAAUUGUUGAAGUUAUUGAGCGGCAUCUGACAACGUGUUCUCCUUCACAAAAACUGUUAGUGAUGUACGUGUGUGAUUCGAUUUUGAAGAACGUUAAGAAGCCGAACGAUUAUGAUGCACUGUUUGCAAGGAAAAUCGUAAGCAUGUUCGAGCAUGCUUUCCGACAGGGAGAUGAAAGAAUCCGUACAUCGUUGUACAGGAUACGAGUCACAUGGGCCAGCACCACAUUGUUCAUGCCUUCAAAGUUAUAUGAGCUUGACAUGAAGAUCAAUAAGCUUGACCCAAAUUGGCCAAUUUCAAAUCCACAGACUGGUCGUGCACUUCGUGAUGAUCCACAAGUUAUGGCUCCUUCUCAGAGUAGACCAGCAGGCAAUGCCACCAGUCCAGCGGCUUCCACGUCAACGAAUCGUGUAUUUGUGAACCCAAAGUUCAUAGGUUCAUCCACACCUGGUGCAGCAUCAGCAUCAAAGACGGUCGUGGAAAAAACGAAAUCACCUGGCACAGUAAACAAGGAAAAGCAAGUGAAGAAAGAACCAAAACAGGAUCCACUUGACAAACUACUUCCAUCAAGCUCUGCAUCCAAGACAUCAUCAUCACCGGCUGGAUUGAAGCGAAAAUCAGCACCAUCCGAGCAUCCAAAUGCUCCGAUUCGCAAGAAGCCACAACAACCACCAAAGCCACAGACAGCCAUUGAUGAGGAUCUCAGAUCUAUAAGCUUGACGAAGAAGCCGCCAGUUCCAUCAGCACAAGAUCAAGAUUUCCGACCAAAGACUUUGAAGCCAACAUCAGUGAUAGGAUCUCACGCAUUUGCCCCUGUAGCUGCUCCGAUCCGUCCUAUGAUACCUGUGCCACCACCUGUUUCAGUGGCUCCAUUUGUGCCUGCUCCGCCACUUUCGUCUGCUCCUCCAUUCCAACAUCCUCAACAACAUCAUCCACAACUUCCACCUCCACCAGUUCAUCAAGGAAUGGGAAGAGGAUAUCAUCAUAAUUCGCCUCCACAAGAUCCGGCACCAAUCGUUCCAGUUCAAGCUCCACCUCCACAGCAACACCUUCCAGCUCCAGAGAACGUUUACUCGUCAGAACAACCGAAACUCGAUGUUCCAGCCAACAACCGUAUCUUUGUCGAUGGAAAAGCUUAUGAAGUGAUGUUUGUCGAUGAUACUGCAGUUAUCGAGCGUGGUGGUGCUCCACAUCGUAUUUAUUUCGCUGGACCGCCAAGAAACCUCGUAAUUGAUGGAAUCCCACACUUGCUUCAGUUUGACACUCCAACUCAAAUUGACAUAUUAGGAUCAAAGCAUAUGGUCAAGUUCGGAGCACCAUCCCGCGAACUUUACAUUGGUGGUCACCCAUUCAAAGGUCAAUUUGGAGGACCACCGAUCAUUGCAACGAUCAAUGGACGUCGUCAUGAGAUCCGAUUGACUGGAAGUGCUCCAGAAGUUCGCAUUGAGCCUGAGCCAGCAUAUCAUCUUACUCAUUUCUUGCACAAAAUGCGCGAGGAGAAGAAGAUUGAAAUUGCAUCGGAGAAGCCGGAGAAGAAGGAGGAUUGGCUCUCAUAUCUGAAAAAUUUGAGAACUCGUAAUAUAUUGCCAGCUCCGGCCAGAUCGCCAUCUUCGCCACGCAACCAGACUCCACCACCAGCUAAUCUUCCAAUUCCGGGAAUGAAUAAUGCUGGACAGAGAGGAGGUUAUCAUAACCGUCAUCAACCACAACAGAACGCUAGAUGGGGUGGAGCGAAUAAACAGCAGAAUAUACCACCACCACCAUCUGAUCCAUCUCCAAUUGGAAGUGGUGUUGAGAAGCGAAGUGCUCCACCGGCGGCCAUCACAGAUUUCAAUAUUCGUCUCUUGCAAAUUCGUUACGACUCGGUCGUUGACGCGUUGAUUACCAAGAGAGCCGACGCUUGCAAGUUUUGUGGAAUGAGAUUAGAUGAUUCUCAAGGAAAGUCAAAAGAAUGGCAAGAUCAUAUGGAUUGGCAUGUGAAGCAAAAUUUGGCACGCCACGGGUCGAACAAUUCGGCAGCUGUACCAUAUCGUCAGUGGUAUCCAUCGACAUCCACUUGGCUUACACCACGUGCAUCUGAUGAAACGAAUGAGCAAGAAGCUGAUAAACCCGAGGAACCACUUCCAGGAGUAGCAUCUUCCGGUGUUAAAACCAAAGAAUGUUCAGUUUGUGGUGAGAAGUUUGACGAGUAUUAUGAUGAUGACGAGGAAACGUGGCGAUUAAGGGACACAGUUAAUGUUCACGGAAAGAUUGUGCAUUCUGCGUGUGCUUCCGACGCAGCUCGAUCACUCGACAACUCAUCAUUCUUCAACGACAGUGACAUCAAAAAAGAGGAGCCGUUCGACUGAACAUAAUUGUUUUUUUAUUGAGCCUUUUUGAUGGGCAUUGUCUAGUCAUUGAAAAUAUUAACAGAAAUUAUAAAAUUCACCAAAAAAUUCAUUAAAGCAUUUUUCCAUAUGCUUUAAAAUUUUCAAGCAUACCAAAGUUUUCCUGUUUUCUUGUUUCGUUAUGGGUUUUUUAGUUUUCAUUUAGCUUACACCCCCCCCCCCCCCCCCCCCCCCCCAACGUCCCAGACAAUUUCAACAAAUCUUGGUUGUGAUUCCGUUUCAAAACCUCACCUAUACAUUUUCUAUAAAUAAAGCAAAUUAUUUU